AUGUCUGGUAAAGCAACGAACUUUGAACUUGAUCGGGUUGUUAUCGGACCGGUUCUUCAACCAGAUGAUGUUACCCCAUCCAGCGGAAUAGGACCUUCACUACCUCCUGAUUUAUUUCGACAAAAAUUGGCUAAAGAAUUUGAGCAUGAUAAAUCUAAAUCAUUGGAUGAAUUUGAAGAGAUUGAUACUAUUGGACCUUUAAUACCUGGACAGGAAUUGAGAGAAGAAUGGAGACAUCUGAAAUCUGGUCAUUCAAGCGGUGGAAGUCAACGAAUUAGUGAGAAACCUAAACGUGAUACAUGGAUGACAGAGCUGCUGCCUGUGUCUAGUGAUCUCGAUGCUUCGUGGUUUACUUCCCCAACUGACUCUAAUGAAGCCUCAGAAGUAACAAACAGUCGGCUGAACAAAGAACAAGAUGAUAAACUAAAGUAUCAGGUGAACGAAGCAUACGAUCAAAAUAUGGCGAAGAUUGCUUCUCAGUAUCAGGGCUCAAAAAAACUGAAGCACAAGUCGAAGAAACAUAAAGAAAAAUCCAAAAAGCAUAAACAUAAAUCUAAGAAACACAAGAAAGAACAUGAAAAAUCACCGUCCAGUGAGUCAAUCAGACGUCCUUUUGAUCGUGAAAAAGAUCUUAAAUUGUUUCGAGUGGAUACUGCAGCCAGGAAAGCGAUUAUUGAACACUCCAAAAAGCUUUCUAAUCGUUUCAGUCAUGGAACACAACAGUACUUAUAA